GGCCCCGGAGCGGGAUGGCGGCGGCGCCGGGCGCAGAGCGGGACAUCGACCCCGAGGGCCUCGCAGCGGCACGGCCGCUGCUCACCGAUCUCUACCAGGCCACCAUGGCGCUGGGCUACUGGCGCGCGGGCCGGGCUCAGGACGUCGCCGAGUUCGAGCUCUUCUUCCGCUGCUGCCCGUUCGGCGGCGCCUUCGCCCUGGCCGCGGGGCUCCGCGACUGCGUGCGCUUCCUGCGCGCCUUCCGCCUGCGGGACGCAGACGUGCAGUUCCUGGCCUCGGUGCUGCCUCCGGACACGGAGCCCGCGUUCUUCGCGCACCUGCGGGCCCUGGACUGCUCCGGGGUGACCGUGCGGGCCCUGCCCGAGGGCUCCCUCGCCUUCCCGGGCGUGCCGCUGCUGCAGGUGUCCGGGCCCCUCCUGGUGGUGCAGCUGCUGGAAACGCCGCUGCUCUGCUUGGUCAGCUACGCCAGCCUCGUUGCCACCAACGCGGCACGGCUUCGCCUGAUCGCGGGGCCAGAGAAGAGGCUGCUGGAGAUGGGGCUGCGGCGCGCCCAGGGCCCCGACGGGGGGCUCACGGCCUCCACCUACAGCUACCUUGGCGGCUUCGACAGCAGCAGCAACGUGCUGGCGGGCCAGCUCCGGGGCGUGCCUGUGGCCGGGACGCUGGCGCACUCCUUCGUCACUUCGUUUUCGGGCACUGAGGUGCCUCCUGACCCGAUGCUGGCUCCUGCGGCCGGUGAGGGCCCACGAGUGGACCUGGCCGGCCGUGUGGAGGUGUGGCUGGAGGCUGUGUGUGCCCACCUGGGGCUAGGGGUGCAGGAACCGCACCGGGGGGAGCGGGUGGCCUUUGUGGCCUAUGCCCUGGCCUUCCCCCGGGCCUUCCAGGGCCUGCUGGACUCCUACAGCAUGCGGAGGAGCGGUCUCCCCAACUUCCUGGCCGUUGCCCUGGCCCUGGGGGAGCUGGGCUACCAGGCAGUGGGCGUGCGGCUGGACAGUGGCGAUCUGCUUCAGCAGGCCCGGGAGGUCCGCGGGGUCUUCCGGACAGCCGCAGCCCAGUUCCAGGUGCCCUGGCUGGAGUCGCUGCCCAUCGCUGUCAGCAACAACAUAGAUGAGGAGCAGCUGGCUCGGCUCGCCCAGGAGGGCAGCGAGGUGGAUGUCAUUGGUAUUGGCACCAGCCUGGUCACCUGCCCCCGGCAGCCUGCCCUGGGCUGCGUCUACAAGCUGGUGGCUGUGGGUGGCCAGCCCCGGAUGAAGCUGACGGAGGAUACCGAGAAGCAGACACUGCCGGGGAGCAAGGCCGCCUUCCGGCUCCUGGACUCCGACGGGUCUCUGCUGUUGGACUUGCUGCAGCUGGCUGAGGAGCUGCCGCCCCAGGCUGGGCAGGAACUGAGGGUGUGGCCACGGGGGGCCCAGAAGCCUCGGGCCGUGAGGCCAGCCCAUGUGGAGUCAUUGCUGCAGCUCUGGGUCCAGCAGGGACAGCUGUGUGAGCCCCUCCCAUCUCUGGCCGAAUCUAGAGCCUUUGCCCAGCUGUCCCUGAGCCGCCUCAGCCCUGCCCACAAGUGGCUGGAGAGCCCUGAGCUGUACCAGGUGGGUGAGGGAUCUUGUUCCGCUGGCCUGAACAGCCUCAGCUGGCGGCCGGCCCAUCCAUCCGAUCCUCCUCUUCCCCUGCAGGUAGCGCUGUCUGAGCAGCUGCAGGCCCUGGUGGACAGGAUGAGGGCUGGAGGCCCACCGUGAGAAUCCUGUGGGCUGGGGGAGCCUGAGCACAAUACGAGUCACUCA